AUGGCGGAAGCUGUCGCCGCGUCGGCCGCUGGUGAGGGAACGUGCGCUAUCUGCCUCGAGGAGACGCCGCUCGCCGCGCUGCCGUGCUGCGACAACGCGACCACGACCGAGUCGACGACGCGGUUUUGCCUCGAAUGUCUAAGGAUGAACUGCGAGCACGGCGGCGGCGUCGCGCGCUGCCCGCGGUGUCGGGCGUGGAUCUCGGUGGAAGACGAGGAGGUCGUGGCCCACGACGGGACCGGCCGGUGCAGCAUUUGCAUGCAGGAGCCGAGGGUACUGGUCGCCCGCGGCCGUGCGCCCGACGGAGGCUCAGUCGCGAUCUGCGACGCGUGCUGGCUCGGCAACCAGAUCGCGCUGCGGUACGAGUGCCAGGGCUGCGGCGGCGUCCAGCGCAUCCCGCACCCGAUGUGGCGCUACCAGACGGAUGGCCCGGAGGCGUUCGGGCACACGCCGUGGGCGUGCCACGUACGGUGUGGCACCUACACGCGCUGGCGUGUCAUACCCGAGGACGUCGCGCGCGUGCCGCACGGCGACGCGCCGGAGUCUUGGGGCGUCGACAUCGUCCGGCAGAUCCGCGCGCGGCAGGGGCGGGAGCGUCGACGCGCCGCGCUCCGGGAGGCCGGCGAGCGGCAGAGGCGGGAGCGGCAGGCGAGGGUCGCGCGGGCGGCGCGCGCUGUCGAGCCAGCGGCGGCCGUCGAGCCGGCCGUCGAGCUACAUGAUGCGAUGGCGGCCGAGGAGGAGGCGGGGCGUUGUCGAGUAAUGUGA